AUGCUGAGUUUAAAUGAAAUUAUCGUUGAUAUCACAGCCCAUGUGCCUGAUGACGUCAAUAUUACCCCACCGCCAUUUAACAAAUCACAUGAUCUCGUGACCGCAGUGACUUUAGCCUACCUAUUGUUGUCUCGAACAAUGCGAUUAAGGAAUAGGAUCAAGACCCUAGUAUACGCAUACUACAUUGGCAUGCUCUUUGCUAAUGUGACCAGUGAUCAAAGAACACAAAUGUGCAGGACAUUAACACCACAUUAUUACCUUAUGGCUAUAAAAAUCUAUGAUGUUUUUGCCCCUCGUGGUGUUCAUCAAAUUUACGAGACUUCAAGAGUGACCUUUCAAGACUUUAGGCGGAUAACAAGCGAAGAAGCCUGGCAGCUUGUCUG